GCAGGUGCCUCGCGUGGAGCAACAACUUUGUGCGCGCGUCCGGGCUGAGCGCGGCGCCCAUUCCUUGCCCGUGAGCAUCCAUCCAUCCGGUCAGACGUCCAGCAAGAAGGGGCUCCAGGUCGGGGGCAGCCACCACCCGGGGAUUGCUACUAGGAGAGGGGCCGAGAGCGCGGCUGACCCUCGGUGGCCGCGACCAUGCAGGCGUGCGCCAGGGCCUGGGGGCUGCGUGUAGGAUGCCGAGUCGGAGGCGCGGGGUCGCGCUGGGCGCCGCGGGGCCGUGGCAGCAGUAGCGGCGGCGGGGACAGCAGCGGGGCUGGGGACUCGCGCCUGCUCGAGCGCCUCCUGCCCAGACACGACGACUUCGCGCGGAGGCACAUCGGCCCCGGGGACAAAGACCAGAGGGAGAUGCUGCAGGCCUUGGGGCUGGCGAGCAUUGAUGAACUGAUCGAGAAGACGGUCCCCAUCAGCAUCCGCUUGAAAAGACCCUUGAGAAUGGAAGACCCUGUUUGUGAAAAUGAAAUCCUUGCAACUCUGCAUGCCAUUUCCAGCAAAAACCAGAUCUGGAGAUCAUAUAUAGGCAUGGGCUAUUAUAACUGCUCAGUGCCACAGGCUAUUCUGCGGAACUUACUGGAGAACUCAGGAUGGAUCACGCAAUAUACUCCAUACCAGCCAGAGGUGUCUCAGGGGAGACUGGAGAGUUUACUCAACUACCAGACCAUGGUAUGUGACAUCACAGGCAUGGAUAUGGCCAACGCAUCCCUGCUGGAUGAGGCGACCGCAGCUGCAGAGUCCAUGCAGCUGUGCCACAGACACAACAAGAGGAGGAAAUUUUUCGUUGACCCCCGUUGCCACCCACAGACAAUAGCUGUCGUUCAGACUCGAGCCAAAUAUACUGGAGUUCUCAUUGAGCUGAAGUUACCCCAUGAAAUGGACUUCAGCAGGAAAGAUGUCAGUGGAGUGCUGUUCCAGUACCCAGACACGGAGGGGAGGGUGGAAGACUUCACGGAGCUUGUGCAGAGAGCACAUCAGACUGGGAGCUUGGCCUGCUGUGCUACUGACCUUUUAGCUCUGUGUAUCUUGAGGCCUCCUGGAGAAUUUGGGGUAGACAUCUCCCUAGGCAGCUCACAGAGAUUUGGGGUGCCACUGGGCUAUGGUGGACCACACGCAGCCUUUUUUGCCGUCAGAGAAAGCUUGGUGAGGAUGAUGCCGGGGAGAGUGGUGGGAGUAACAAGAGAUGCCACUGGGAAAGAAGUGUAUCGUCUUGCUCUUCAAACCAGAGAGCAACACAUCCGGAGAGACAAGGCUACCAGCAACAUCUGCACUGCUCAGGCUCUCUUGGCAAAUAUGGCUGCCAUGUUUGCAGUCUACCAUGGGUCCCGUGGGCUGGAGCACAUUGCUAGAAGGGUGCAUAAUGCCACUCUGAUUUUGUCUGAAGGUCUCAAGCGAGCAGGGCAUCAACUCCAGCACGACUUGUUCUUCGACACCUUGAAGAUUCAGUGUGGCUGCUCAGUAAAGGAGGUCUUGGGCAGGGCCACUCAGCGGCAGAUCAAUUUCCGGCUCUUCGAGGAUGGCACACUUGGUAUUUCUCUGGAUGAAACAGUCAAUGAAAAAGAUCUGGAUGACUUGUUGUGGGUCUUUGGCUGUGAGUCAUCUGCAGAGCUGGUUGCUGAAAGCAUGGGUGAGGAACUGAGAGGUAUUCCAGGGACCGCCUUCAGGAGAACUAGCCCGUUCCUCACACAUCAAGUGUUCAACAGCUAUCACUCAGAAACAAAUAUUGUCCGAUAUAUGAAGAAAUUAGAAAACAAAGACAUUUCCCUUGUUCACAGCAUGAUUCCUCUGGGGUCCUGCACCAUGAAGCUCAACAGUUCGUCUGAACUCACACCUAUCACAUGGAAAGAAUUUGCGAAUAUCCAUCCCUUUGUGCCGCUGGAACAAGCUCAAGGGUACCAGCAGCUUUUCCAAGAGCUUGAGAAGGAUUUGUGUGAACUCACUGGCUAUGACCAAAUCUCUUUCCAGCCUAACAGUGGAGCCCAGGGGGAAUAUGCUGGGCUGGCCAUUAUCCGAGCUUACUUAGACAGGAAAGGAGAGAGACACAGAACAGUUUGUCUCAUUCCGAAAUCAGCACAUGGGACCAAUCCCGCAAGUGCCCACAUGGCAGGCAUGAAGAUUCAACCAGUGGAGGUGGAUAAAUAUGGGAAUAUUGACACGGGUCACCUCAAGGCCAUGGUGGAUAAACACAAGGAGAACCUGGCAGCAAUCAUGAUUACGUACCCGUCCACCAAUGGUGUGUUUGAGGAGAAUGUUGGUGACGUGUGUGACCUGAUCCACCAACACGGAGGACAGGUCUACCUGGACGGGGCAAAUAUGAAUGCCCAGGUGGGAAUCUGCCGCCCUGGAGACUUUGGGUCUGAUGUCUCACACCUAAAUCUUCACAAGACCUUCUGCAUCCCCCAUGGAGGGGGUGGCCCUGGCAUGGGGCCCAUCGGAGUGAAGAAGCAUCUUGCCCCUUUUCUGCCCAAUCAUCCCAUCAUGUCAGUAAAGCCAAGCGAGGAUACCCGGCCCGUGGGCACUGUCAGCGCUGCCCCAUGGGGCUCCAGCUCCAUCUUGCCCAUUUCAUGGGCGUACAUAAAGAUGAUGGGAGGCAAAGGCCUUAAACAGGCCACGGAAAUUGCUAUAUUAAAUGCCAACUACAUGGCCAAGCGAUUAGAAAAACACUACAGAGUCCUUUUCCGGGGUGCAAGAGGUUAUGUGGCUCAUGAAUUUAUUUUGGAUACAAGACCCUUCAAAAAAUCUGCAAAUAUUGAGGCUGUGGAUGUGGCAAAGAGGCUUCAGGAUUAUGGAUUUCAUGCCCCUACCAUGUCCUGGCCGGUGGCAGGGACUCUUAUGGUUGAACCCACUGAGUCUGAAGAUAAGGCAGAGCUGGACAGAUUCUGUGAUGCCAUGAUCAGCAUUCGGCAGGAAAUUUCUGACAUUGAAGAGGGCCGUAUAGACCCCAGGGUCAAUCCAUUGAAGAUGUCUCCACAUUCCCUGACCUGCGUCACAUCCUCCCACUGGGAUCGGCCGUAUUCCAGAGAGGUGGCAGCAUUCCCACUUCCCUUUGUGAAACCAGAGAACAAAUUCUGGCCAACCAUUGCCCGGAUUGAUGACAUCUAUGGAGAUCAGCACCUGGUUUGUACAUGCCCUCCUAUGGAAGUUUAUGAGUCCCCAUUUUCUGAACAGAAGAGAGCUUCUUCUUAG